AUGGAACAUUUUACAGAAGUUCCCUAUGAGGGAAGUUGCCAUUGCAAGGCUGUGCGUUUCUCUGCAAAACUACCGUCUCCGCUGUCGCAAUUGACGGUAGUCUCGUGCAACUGUAGCUAUUGUCACAUUGCGGGCAGUCUACUUGCGUUUGUGGAUGACAUAGAGAUUCACCAAGGGAUAAACUCGCUUAAGGAAUAUCGGUUCGGCUCGCAUACUAUACGGAUAUUUUUUUGUGGAACUUGUGGUGCCAAUGUUUACAACAAGUCCGUGAAUCCAAAAUUCAGAGAUGGUCAAUGUGCUAUCAACAUGCGCCUAGUACACGAUAUCGAUUUAGGGGCCGUAGAAAUCAGCAAGGGCGAUGGUAAGAAUCUUGAUCUACCACCUUUAGAAGGGAGCCCACUUUAG